AUGGUGGGAUCAACAGAGUAUUAUCGUUGUAAACAUUCGCGAUGUAUUGUGACUUUACAUACUGAUCUGAAUGACGUUAUAUUGGAAUUUAAUGGUGAACAUUGUCAUCCACCUGAACCUGAAGAGAUCGAAAUUCGAAAGUUUAAAGAAGCUGCGAAAAAUCGUACUAAAAUUGAAACUACGCCUAUCUCUCAAACCUAUGAUGAAGAAGCAAUACGACUUGACAUGUCAAAAGUAACAAUUGCUGCUUUACCAUCCGAAAGAGAAAUGAGGUGCUUAAUAAUUGGUUAG